AUGACCGUGAAGGCGACCUCCCCUACCCAUUUAAUCCAACUCAACUUCCGACCGAACCCAAUCCAAAUUAAAACAGGCACCAACACUAUAGUCAACAGUAGUCUCCGCCUCUUGCAAAAGGACCUCACGGACCUCUCGGUGAUUGGUCACCUGAUCGUCGGCACACGAAUACCCAAAGACAAACUGAGUCCACAAAGCAGAGGCAAGUCAGAUUUUCACGGCGGACACCGAGUGCGACUCGCCCGGGCGGCACACACCGCUUACUAA